UUUUCAGUGCUCACUCUGCAUUUGUUUGUACCCUCCUCCUUGCCGAGAUUAGAGGAAUACCUGUGCAGUGCUGCUUUAUUAUGAUUUCUGCUGAGACUCAGAAUAGGUUCUGGUAUUUUUUUUAGGUGGACUGCCAGCUGCCGAUCUCGCUGUUGACAGUAAAAGUAGAUAUGUUCCUUGCUCACUGACAUUAGUGCUGACCAUGACCCUUCACACCAAAACCACUGGAGUUACCCUGCUGCACCAGAUUCAAGGCACUGAACUGGAGACACUGAGCAGACCUCAGCUGAAGAUUCCCCUGGAAAGAUCACUCAGCGACAUGUAUGUGGAGAGCAACAAGACAGGAGUUUUUAACUACCCAGAAGGAGCCACUUACGAUUUUGGCACUACGGCUCCAGUGUACAGCUCUACUACUCUCAGUUAUGCCCCUACUUCUGAAUCUUUUGGGUCCAGCAGUCUGGCAGGAUUUCACUCACUGAACAAUGUCCCACCAAGCCCCGUGGUGUUCUUGCAAACGGCGCCCCAGCUCUCACCUUUCAUCCAUCACCACAGCCAACAGGUACCCUAUUACCUUGAGAAUGAACAGGGCAGCUUUGGGAUGAGGGAAGCUGCUCCUCCAGCCUUCUACAGGCCCAGCUCUGAUAACAGACGUCACAGCAUCCGGGAGAGGAUGUCCAGUAGCAAUGAGAAAGGGAGCCUGUCCAUGGAGUCCACCAAGGAGACCCGAUACUGUGCUGUCUGCAAUGACUAUGCUUCAGGCUACCAUUAUGGGGUCUGGUCUUGUGAGGGCUGCAAAGCUUUUUUCAAAAGGAGUAUUCAAGGGCACAAUGACUACAUGUGUCCUGCUACUAACCAGUGCACCAUCGACAAGAACAGAAGAAAGAGUUGCCAGGCUUGCCGACUAAGAAAAUGUUAUGAAGUGGGAAUGAUGAAAGGUGGAAUCCGGAAAGACCGCAGAGGUGGGCGAAUGAUGAAACAAAAACGUCAGAGAGAGGAGCAGGAUUCCAGGAAUGGGGAGGCUUCUUCUACAGAGCUGCGAGCUCCCACCCUUUGGACAAGUCCACUGGUGGUGAAACAUAACAAGAAGAACAGUCCAGCCCUGUCCUUGACGGCAGAACAGAUGGUUAGUGCCUUGCUGGAAGCUGAGCCACCCAUAGUUUAUUCAGAAUAUGACCCAAAUAGACCAUUCAACGAAGCCUCUAUGAUGACCCUGUUGACCAACCUUGCAGACAGAGAAUUAGUGCACAUGAUCAACUGGGCAAAGAGAGUUCCAGGGUUUGUGGAUUUAACACUCCAUGAUCAGGUCCAUCUACUGGAAUGUGCCUGGUUAGAGAUACUGAUGAUUGGCUUAGUCUGGCGCUCCAUGGAACACCCAGGAAAGCUUUUAUUUGCACCUAACCUAUUACUGGACAGGAAUCAAGGGAAAUGUGUAGAGGGCAUGGUGGAAAUCUUUGACAUGCUGCUGGCUACUGCUGCUCGAUUUCGCAUGAUGAACCUUCAAGGGGAGGAAUUUGUGUGCCUUAAGUCCAUCAUCUUGCUCAAUUCUGGUGUGUACACUUUUCUUUCCAGCACCUUGAAAUCUCUGGAAGAGAGAGACUAUAUUCACCGUAUUCUGGACAAAAUCACAGACACUCUGAUACACUUAAUGGCUAAGUCGGGCCUCUCUCUGCAGCAGCAACACAGACGACUGGCUCAGCUCCUCCUCAUCCUCUCUCACAUCAGGCACAUGAGCAACAAAGGAAUGGAGCACCUGUACAAUAUGAAGUGUAAAAAUGUAGUCCCACUCUAUGACCUCUUGCUGGAGAUGCUGGACGCUCAUCGGCUGCAUGCCCCAGCAGCCAGGAGUGCUGCUGCACCGAUGGAAGAGGAGAACCGGAGCCAGCUGACAACUGCAUCAGCUUCAUCUCAUUCCUUGCAGUCUUUUUAUAUAAAUGGCAAAGAAGAGGACAAUAUGCAGAAUACAAUAUAAACAGAAGUCAGCAUAUAUCAUGGUAUGAGAAACCCAGCAGCAUACUACCUAGAUCAUGCUUCAUUUUGUCUAUAGUGCCAGCUAUGUAAACACUCCAGUGACAACAGUCACCUGCAUUUUCCAUUUGAGUGUUUGUCAAGUGCUUGCCUAAAUUGAUUGCUUAUCCUAAAUGGAAGACAUUUCAUUGCUAUGGACAGCCAGCAAGGAUUGUGAGGCUAACUUGAUUUUAAAUCUGCAGCAUUUUUAUUUAAUUUUGCAUGUAAAUUAAGUCCCAAUCUAAACCAAACAUUAAUUUUACUGUGAAUUAAUAGGCCAUACAACCUGUGUGUAUUGGUAUCUUCAUGAGUAAUAGCUUUUGUUGAUACCACCCCAAAUUCUGAGCUUGCUUAAUCCUUUGCUUGCUUGAAACUUUGAAGCAGUUUUGCAGAGAUUCUGGAUGACUUUUGGGGGGGGGAGCUAAAUGGAAGGUUGAUUGGCAACUUAAUGUGCCAUAGUGAAACUGCACUGCUAGUGACUGCCUUGGUAGUUUAGGUAGAUUCCUGCCUCUCUCCCUACAGUAGAAGGGAACCCCUGUCUGAGAAUAAUACUGUUUUACCUUGCUGGCUUACAUCAGCAGACAGCUCCCUCUCAAGAUCAUAGUGACCAAACUUUUAGGUCCCCUUACCAUAUCCUCUAGCCAAAUUGCAUUACAUGCAUCCUAUUUUUUCUGAUUCUACAAAGCUAAAUUGUUCUGUUGCUUGGCAGUGUGUAAAUCAUGGGCAACAUGGCAAACAUAACAUAGAUAAUUACUCUUAAAUCAGACCAGAUGGUUACAAUAAUCAUCAGGUCUUUAAAAAAAAAAAAAAAAAAAAAGAGAAAACUCUUCACACACAUACAUGAUCCAGCACUAUUUUAUAAAAAAACCUCCCCCUGUCCUUUGCUUUGUUGUUCUACAAACCAAGGGGUGAGGAUGCCAGUGCAAGACUGGCACAGCAGGGUGGGAUGGUCCCAUCGCAUUCAGUGACGUGUGGCCCAGCCGUGUGUGGGAGGGCUGGCAUCGCCGACAGCGCGGUAGGCUUUGCGUUGCCUUGGCUUGCUUUGGCUCUCGUUGGGGCAUGCUCAGAAAUCACCGUUAAGAGUCAGCUCACCUGUGACACCAGAACUGGGCAAUGAUCCUCAAUGGUGAAGGCAUGGUGAAGACUCUGGGACUGUCUGUCCAGGAAGACAAAUAUGGCUUUCUCCAUGCAUGUGUGUAACUGUUUUUCAUAAGGAUUAGUUAGAUUCUUCAGACCAACUGUAAAUAUAUCAAGAGUUUCAUCAAGACAUGAAGGAGAGAGACUGCAAAAAUCCAUACUAUGUGCUAUUCCAAGUAGGGUUCAGUGCUGCUGUUUGACUGCCUCUAUGCUAGAAAAUUAAAUGUGUCAGGGAGUGGUGCUGGGUACUGGAAUGUGAUUAUUACAUAUGCCAGGGAUAUUUUAUUAGUCUAAUGAUAAACUUUGCCUGUGCUAUCUGCACUUCUGGUUUACAGGCACAGUUUGGGAGUUAGCAUGGACCAGGGACUAUUCCAAUAGCUGGUUGGAAGCGACCACCCUGCCAGUAAGGACAUUUCAUAGCACAUGUAUAGGCUGCUCCAUGGCAGCUGGUCACAGUGCUAGAGAAGGGUUCAGGAAUGCUUCUUUUACUGCUAUAGUUAAAACCUUUAUGUUAGAAUAUGUUGAUCGGAAUAUUCUGUAGUAACUAAAUAUAGGAAAUAGUGCAACAAAUGCUGCACAGGAGUGCCAAUGUCCAAUUACGCUCCCUGUUACACAAGCAGAGUCUGUGUGCAGUGAGAUAGAGUUACACAGCAAUUGUGAAGGCGGCAAGGCAUAGGACGAGUUUGAGCUCCAAGUCAAGGAUCUGAUUCUUUAGUGAAUGUACGUAAUGAUGUCUGUAACAGUUUCAUGUACAUAUCUGAGGAUAUGCGCAGUUUAAAAGUCUAAAGCUAGAUGCUACCUACAUUUAAGAUUCCUCGAAAACUGUGCAAGCCUACACAUGUGAAGCAGUCACUGUAAGUUAGUAGGCCUUUUAUUGAUGCAUUUUAUAGUGUCAUUUUUUUCUGAAUGUGCUGAAGGAUUUGUCUUUUUUGUGUAUUCAGUAAGAGACUCUGUGUGUGUGUGUGUGCGUGUGCGCACGUGUGUGUGCAAAUUUGGUACCCAAGGGAUUUUGGAGGGCUCCUAAAUGCUUUGAAAGAAAAUGCACAUUUUGUUUUGUUUAGUAGAUGGCUUUCAAAUGUGUUAGAAAAAUCAUGAAUGCCCUGAAAUGAGUGCAGGCUAAGAUCUGAAUGGAGCACAGGCAUCCUUGAAGUUACACUUAUGUGCUUACACCAUCAUUAUUCACUUGUAGCCCAGUAUGCAUUAGAGCUGCUCUUUAAAUACUGUAUGUGCAACUUCGUGUUCUCUGUGACAGAACACAUGGAUCAAACUCAUAAGCUGCAAGGCAAAUUGGUUAAAAUUAAUGUCUCCCUUCCUACAUCCCAGAAUAGUUCAUUACAUCAAUUGAAGUGUAAAUUUGGCCUAAAGGAAAAGAAAAAAAAGUAGUUUAUGGAGAGCAAGUCAUGGCAGAGGGUCAGAUUCUGAUGGUACUUACAUAGGGCAAGUACCACUACACUCUACAGAUUUUCCCAGUGAAGCUGCAGCAGACAGAAGGGUAUCAUAAGAUGUUUUGGAACAUAAGGAAUAAUCAGUCAGCUCACAGUAUUAAUUAUGAAUGCUUUCCUAGGCUCAGACCUUGCAAGGAAGUAAUUAAGAUUCAACCAGUCCUCCCAUGUUUGUGGUGACAACAGUGAAGGACACCCAAGAAAGAAAACCAGUGAUUCCCAGUAAAACAUUCAUUUACCUUCAGGCAGUUUCAGGAUCUGUGUUAUUAACUUAUUAAUGAGAUUUUAACUGAAGCAGCACCUUAAUGAAUAUAGUAACCUUCCCAUAGUUGUCUAUAAAGAUGAUUGUCCACAUAUCAGACAGCUGAAUGUAGCUAUUCAAUCAAUUAAACAAAGUCUAUGAGACAAAAAUGUCAACUUUUUUCAUAUGUAAUUCUGAAUUAUGCUCUCAUGUAUGCAAACAAUUGUGCCUGACAUUUGGUAAUUGUUAUUUCACAGAAUGCUAUUUUGUGUGUGUGUAUAUAUAUAUAUACUUUAUAUUUGCAGCUGACAAACCAGUACUGCCUGAAUACCUGGUGCUGGAUAUUAAAUAAAAAUAUAUAGUGUGUGAAAAAAAAAAUAAUUGAAAGAAAAUUAUUUAAGGCAGCUAAUUAUGCUUUUACCAAAAUAUUCAUAACGAUGUCUCUGGACAUCUAGUGAAAUAAUUAUUUUAUAAUGUUUAUACAUGGAUUUUUUUAAAAAAAUAAACUAACAUCAAAAAACCAAAAAAACCCCUAGAAACAUAGGCAAUGUAUACCAGCACAAGCCAAAUAGAAAUAGACCAGAUGAACUUGCUUUGCUUGAGAAUAUGGUUGUUACUGAGUUAUUAUGAAAGGCUUGGGAUGCAGAAGAGGAGGUAGGGUGAUGUGUAGCACUUAGUGGUGUCUGAGUUUCCAACAUGUGAAGGCUACUCUGGUUUCCAGUGGUUCGAGCCAUGUCUCGUUCUUGCAGAUUUUGUCUCAGGUAAAACUCCCAGUUGGGGCAGUGGGAUUUGUACUGGGGUAAAAUAAUUUAAUGAGAGUUUCUUGGUGUGUGUUGUGGUAAAUUUACUAUUAUGUUUCAGUGAUAUCUCUUGAUGAUUUUUCUCCUUUUUUACACUGAGGGGUUUAAUAAUUUAAAAAUAUAAUUAAAGAAAUAAUCUGAACUGAGCUCCCAAGGAUAUUGCAAGGACUGUCAGCAGGUCACUGGACUUUAAAUUGAAAAUAAAGAAAACAAAAGAAAACCCAAACCACCUCCUUUAUCCAAGUCAAGGUUUGUAUUGGAGCCUCCAGCCAUUCCAGUUCAUGCCGACUGAUUCCUUAAGAGUUGUGCCAAAUGUUUAAAAUGAAACAAACUAUCAGCAAAGUAAAAAUCCUGCCUCAGUAGGGCCUUAAUCUUAUCACAGGCUUUGGUAGGAACACAGCAAGCCUCUCUUGUGUAUAUCCUGCUUUAAAAUUAGAAUGCAACUUAACCUAAAGCUAAUGAGAUUUUGUAUAUAAGGUAUUCUCAUUUGAACUUAUAGGAAGUGCAUUUCUAACUUUGAAUAAAGAGAUGGCUAUUUUCAAUGCUGUCUACAACAGUAAUAUAGCUUUACAGAUAGAAAUUCAACAGAUGUAAAAUGGUCAUGUUAACAAGAGUAUGAUAAUACAAACCCAUAUUUGCUGUCACCUGCAACUAUAGCUUAACCUCAAAUUGAUCUGAGAAUUUUAAAUUACUAUUUCCCUAAUAUUAGUGUCCUACCCUUUCUAUUUGCAAUUCCUUUUCAUCUUUCAAAUGAAAGUUAUUUUCAAAGUGAUUGUUGCCCAUAAGGGUAUUCAGUUUUGCACUGUGUUAAAAAAAAAAAAAUCUAAAAAAAAAAUCUUUUGCAUUCAAAUGUGCCUAAAGAAACAAAUAAAAAAAAAAAUUAAAAAAAUGUAUAUGCUGCCAUCUUGCAAAUUCGUAUGCUUUGUACUCCUGUGUGCCUAUAAUUAGAAGUCUCUUUCUUCAGAAAGUACCCAUUGGAAAAUGAAGGGAUAGACUGCUGGUCAUGAGACUUGCAUUAACAACCCACUUUAUGUAUUACCUUGUAUAUACUAUAAAACUAAUGCUUUUGUGUGCACUAUGUAGUCUGCAAUGGAAAGUCCCUUUUUUGGUAUAGGCUCAGCUGCCAUGAUGUAUUUGUUGAAGUAUUCUGUUCUUUCACUGAUGCAUAUAAAAUUAUUGAUGUCUUUGUUUUGGUGAGGUUUUUUUUUUUGUUUUUUUUUUUUCUUUGUUUUGCACCAAAAAAAGUUCUAAAAAAUUCUAAAUGAAAAAUCCAGUGGGCUACUUGAUUGGUGCAAGAUUUUUAUCAGUGUAUUUGAUGUUGAAAAUAAAGAAUUACCAAACCA